UAAAUAUUCAUCGACGGCUGGAUAAAAUUUUCGUAUAAACAAGCGAUCCAUAUAAAUUGAGUUGCCGGCCAACGGGCACUUUUUUUCGGCACUGCACAGCACUGCAAUUGGAAUAGUUGAUAACACUGGCUGGACCUUGUGCGUUUUCUCCACAUAAAACAAACGAUUAUAAAAAAAAAGAAAACAAACAUAGCUGAAACAAAAACACAAAAUGUCCUCCUCAACGUUAAGAGAUCAGCCCGGAACUUCAAAAGAAUCGUUUGAGGACUUCUACACAGAAGUGAAAGAAAUUGAAAAACGCGAUUCAGUACUAACUCCUACUCAACAAAUUGAUCGUUUACUUCGUCCAGGUUCCACAUACUUCAAUCUUAAUCCUUUCGAGGUGCUGCAGAUUGAGCCCGACGUCGAGGUGGCCGACAUAAAAAAACGCUAUCGCACCCUGUCCAUACUGGUACAUCCAGACAAGAACCACGAUAACCAGGAGCGCGCCCAAAUGGCAUUCGAUAUAGUUUCUCGCGCCUGGAAAAUAUUGGAGAACGACCUAACGCGCAAAAAGUGUUUGGAGGUGUACGAGGAGGCCAAGGGACGUACAGAUCAUAUGAUUGCCGAAAAGCGUAAAAAACUCAAAAAGGAGGGCAGAUCCUUUGAGCCCAUACCAGAAGACGAUCCUGUCAAAUAUAAACAUGCCAUAUAUGUUAUGGUUAUGAAACUGUUUGCCGACAUGGAACGUCGAAGGCAAAAGCUUGAUCAGCGCGACCAGGAGGAACGCAAGCGAAAGCGGGAAACGGAAAUCGAGGAGGAGGAGCGUGUCAAAGCGGAUCGCGAGUGGCAGCAAAACUUUGAGGAAUCUCGUCAAAGCCGCGUAAAUAGCUGGCACGACUUUCAAUCCGGCGCUGGCAAAUCAAAGAAAACAAAGAAACAGAAACAUAUGACGGGCAUGAUGGUACCGCCAAAGUUUAAGCCGGAGACACGAUGAAGUUCGCUUGUGCUUGUCGCCUGCGUCGCGUUAUUCUACACAUAUAUUUUUACAUUUUUAUAAGUAUCCUUUGGAAUUGUAAUUGACAUGAUUCGUAAUUUAUAGUUUUAGGAAAAACAA